AGGUCACUGUUCCUGUCUCUCCACAGAUUCUUCUUACUCGGAGCCCCCCGAUGUUCAGCAACAGUUGAAUCACUACCAGUCAGCCGCCCUGGCAAGAAACAACAGCCGUGUGAGCCCGGUGCCUCCUGCUGGGACUGUGGCUGGCACAGAACAGAAGGCAGAAGCUGUUCUGCACUGUGAAUUCUGUGAAUUCUCCUCUGGCUACAUCCAGAGCAUCAGGCGCCAUUACCGGGACAAGCAUGGAGGCAAGAAGCUAUUCAAGUGCAAAGACUGCUCCUUUUACACGGGCUUUAAAUCUGCUUUUACUAUGCAUGUGGAAGCUGGGCAUUCGGCGGUCCCGGAGGGAAGGCCCCAAAGAUCUCCGCUGUCCUCUCUGCCUUUAUCAUACCAAAUACAAACGAAACAUGAUCGACCACAUAGUCCUACACCGAGAAGAGCGAGUUGUCCCCAUUGAAGUGUGCCGUUCCAAACUGUCAAAAUACUUGCAGGGAGUAGUUUUCCGCUGUGAUAAGUGUACCUUCACCUGCUCCAGUGACGAGAGCCUCCAGCAACACAUAGAAAAGCACAAUGAACUGAAACCUUACAAAUGCCAGCUCUGCUACUAUGAGACCAAGCACACGGAGGAACUGGACACUCACCUUCGGGAUGAGCAUAAGGUCAGCCGUAACUUUGAGCUGGUUGGACGGGUUAACUUGGAUCAGCUGGAACAGAUGAAGGAAAAGAUGGAGAGUUCCAGCAGCGAUGAUGAGGACAAGGACGAUGAAAUGAGCAGCAAGGCUGAAGACAGAGAGCUGAUGAGAUUUUCUGACCGAGGGACUGGUGUGAACCCUGAGAAGCGAUUUCCGUGUGAAUUCUGUGGACGGGCAUUCUCUCAGGGCUCUGAGUGGGAAAGACAUGUGUUGAGACAUGGCAUGGCAUUGCAUGAUACCAACCAAGUGAGCAGAGACGAAGUCCAUACGAAAGAGAUGGUAGAGGAUAGUAUGCAGCUGCCCUCCAUAGAGGCAAAAGAAGACGAUGAGCCAAUCGGGAUAGACUUUUCCCUAAAGAGUGAAGCCGUAGCCAUCUGUGUAGUAGCUGCCGACAAAUCUCUCCUGGAGACUGCAGAGGCCAAAAACGAAUAAGAGUGUGGUGAAAUUCUUAUCAAAUCUUACUUGAACCGUGAUGAAAAUGUGGGAGGGCCGGCGUGGGCUGAGAAGGGAGGGGGCAGAGAAGACAGAACAAAAGCUGCUUUUAGGACUGAACAAUCUAUUUUCAGGGCACUGGUACCUGUGUGAGUGAGGAUGUAAAUUAAAGUUAUUUAAAUGGUUGGAAUAUGUGGCUCCGUUCCCGUCACGCCAUCCUUCCUUCCGGAUCUUCACCACGCAAGUUUUCAUCUGCUGCAGUUUGGGAAGUACGUUCCUCGAACACAGCGGGCGCUCACCGUGACCCUCGGACAGUGUGUGGCAACCGAAGCUCGGGGACAGUAGAAGACUUCUCCUAGGGGAACAACUUUUUGGGCGCACAACUUUCAGUGCGUUUUUAUAGUUUUAAUACCUUAAGCUUUUUCAAGACCUAACUGCAGCCGCUUUGGGAGAAAAAAAAAAUAACAGAACAGAAAACAAACAAACAAAAAAACUGCUUUGCAUAAAACAGUCACCUGUUUCCUAGUACCUCAGACUUAACCAAGGGAAAUCUCUGCAUUUGUCUUUACUACCUGUCACCCUUGUGGUUAAAUGUGGAGAGAGCUGCUGGACAGGAUGGUGAAUGGAGAAAAAGAGUUUUAAAGAAAGGAACACAAAUUGUGCUUAAAAUCCCCACGUGGGUUUUAUUUCUUAAAAUACUGUGAUUUUUUUAAUUAUUUUAGUAAAAAACAAAACAAAAAAAAAAAAACAGACUUUAAUUACUAGAUAACUGUGUGUGAAUUGUCACCCUGUAUUCCAGAGCUUGAGAGAAGAAAAUAAAUAGCAAAAUGAUAACCUAUUGACUCCAAUAAUCAGUGUUUCCUGAAACUUCAUGAAAGACAGAGGGAUCCUGACACAAAUAAAAAUAAAAACCACAAGUAGGCUAUUCAAGUUGUUUGCAACAUACAUUUUGUAAUGAAAUGUGAGAAAUUAAUAAAGAAUUUUUUUCACAUGUG